UUUCGCCAGAUGGGAUCUAAUCAGUCUAUCACUCACGGCAAGUGAUUUCAUUCUAGAAGUGCACCUAGGGUGGGUUCAUGACAGCCUUGCGCAAUAUUUCGAGUGGGAGCCAUCGUGGCAUAUCCUGCUUGAUGGAAAAAUCAACUUGUUGAACCUCACUACACCGAACUAAGCUAUCGGCACGAUGUCGAACCUCAUAUACAAGGUCAAAGAUGCCAUAAUUGGCCAUCACAACAAUGCUAGUGCUAGGAAUCACGGUCCCGGCUUCGACAGAUACAGCCCUGGUGACUACGAACGCAGGACUGACACUUAUGGCUCGGGUGCUGGUGGACACAAUGAUGAUAACUAUGGCUCGGGAAAUACUUGCAAUUAUCGGGCUGGUUCUGGUAGCUAUGAACCCGAAACGGAGAGGCUUGAUAUAUCGGCAACCGGGGGACAUGCGCAGGGCAUGGAUAGUCGAGCUAGGCCAGGCUUCGGCGGAGUAGAAGGGGGCAGCAGCUACAAUAGCCCCGGAGAUGACACCGGCUAUUAUGCGUACAGUUCUACGAACAAGCUGGACUCUGGCAAGAUGGGGUCUUAUAUGAUGGGGCCCGGCAAUGUGCGCUUUGCUGGAACACAACGGAACCUAUGGUAGGGGCAUGUGCAAGUUAUCAAUGAUCUCACGCAAAAGUACGGGUUACUUUUGCUCAGUGCCGUUGUAAAAUGAUUGGCAUUGGGAUAAAUAGAAUGCAGAAGUGAAUGAGUUCUCGUUGCGGUUGCGUAGGCUCUGUUUCCGCCAUGUGGGAGGAAGACGUAAUGACCCCAGGCAGAAAUGGUAGGAAUCAGGCCAUUCACCUAGAUUGGAAGGCGCGACACACCGUUUGCUG